GCGAAUGCAAAUGUUGCUCGCGUAAAUCGGAAGAGAGCAGUGCGCGACGAAUUGGCUGAGGUGUCUGCGAGUGAGGAAGUCCCCAAUUAUGCCGCGGCUCAAGUAUGGCAACCAUGGUUAUUUGUUUAUUGCCAGUAUAAUGUGGAUAGAACUGACAUGAUGGCGCAGCAGACGGAGGGAAACAUUGUUCGUGCUGGGUCACGAUCAAGUACAUCGGCCUUGUCGCCAUCAGAUCAUGCCUACGAGCCUGACGCAGGACUGGCGAAUGAUCUACCUGUGAGACCACAGACAAUUGCCUGGAAUGGAGGUCCCACAAAGAUGGUCCCUUCGAUAGCUGCAACUAGUCUGUCUCCAUCGCAUGUGCACGAUGAUGGAAGGGGCUAUGGCUCGUACCCGACAGGCGACCAGGCUUUGCUCCCAGUCGCCGACCAGGUUCACUUGUCUAAUGGAGCGGUAGCAGAAUUCAACCGCAGCCCACUCAUGUUUGGCGACAUCGACUCUGGGACUGCCUUCCUUGACAUGUUGUUGGGCCUCCCAGGCGGCCAAGCGACAGGAACAACAAGUGCAAACCCUGAUCAACUAGAUAUACCCUGGACUGAGAGCGGAACUUCAGAUCGGUUGACUAUUAGUCCGCCAGUUGAGGCCGAGCCAAAGCACUAUCCAGCCCAUAUCCGCCAGAAUGUAAAAAAGGUCCAAAGCUUUUGGUCGACACCACAACGCCUUACCUCCGAGACACAGAUAUGGUACGAAAUUAUAUCAGGAUCAUCAGAGAAUAUCUUUUCUGGGCAAGACCAUGAGACAUACACAGGGCCUUCACAACAGAACCAGCAUGCCGGAGCUGCCGAGAUCUGCUUGAACCAUGAAAUUAGGGCGCAGCUUCAAGAUUUGAAACGAAGGCUGCUCAAGAGGCAAUGCCACUGUUCUAGCAGUGAUGGCCGAAUGACUGAUGCAUGUGAUGAACAUUACUUUUGUGAAAACUUUAAUGGCAUCUUUGAACAAGGCCUUUAUCUUUACUUAGAUAAAUAUCAGCCGUCCUAUCCUAUAUUGCAUAUACCUACGUUCAAGCCGCAGGCAGUCCACACGCUUCUGCUGUUUACGAUGUGCAUGAUUGGCCUGUCGUUUGUCAAGACAGAGGAGGCGGUGCGGUUUAUCUAUCACAUAUACCCGGUAUGUGUUGAUGCCGGCUUUGCAGUCCCAACAUUCGACUAAACUAAGCCACUGUGCGCCUAGGCUCUUCUGGAUGAAGUUUAUAGACGCAUUAUAUCCAUGACUCCCAGUACCUCCAACCCAUCGGCGUUGCUCAGUCACCUUACAUUAGCACAUCA